GACUCUUGCACACUGAUGUAGGUGGAGCGAAGGAAGCGACGGAACAAGAACUGUGUCAAGAAGUUAGGAGAGUGUGCAGCAACCUGUGGCUGAAAAACCACCGUGUACACAGGGAUCGGGACCCCGGGGCCUCGGAGGGAGAAGCGGGAUCGCCGCCAUGGAGGUGUAUAGAUGGGACAUGAACACACUCAACCCAGCAGGCCCCCUCAUAGAGAUUAUUGAGCAGCCAAAGCCAAGGGGGAUGAGGUUCAGGUAUAAGUGUGAAGGACGAUCAGCCGGCAGCAUCCCCGGAGAGAAGAGCAACGACACCACUAAGACUCACCCAGCCAUCAAGGUGCACAACUACAACGGCCCCUUGCGUGUGCGCAUUUCGUUGGUGACAAAGAAUGCACCGCACAAGCCUCACCCCCACGAACUGGUCGGGAAGGACUGCAAACAUGGCUACUACGAGUCUGACCUGCAGGAGAGACGAAUACACAGUUUUCAGAACCUGGGCAUACAGUGUGUGAAGAAGAAGGAUGUGACCGAGGCCAUCACUUGCAGGCUGCAGACCAACAAUAACCCCUUCAACAUUCCCGACGCGAAGGUUUGGGAAGAGGAGUUUGACCUGAAUUCAGUGCGGCUCUGCUUCCAGGCCUCCAUCACUCUGUCUACAGGGGAGCAGUUUCCUUUGGAGCCUGUAGUGUCCCAGCCCAUUUAUGACAACAGGGCCCCAAACACAGCUGAGCUGAAGAUCUGCAGAGUCAACCGCAACUCUGGAAGCUGCAAGGGAGGGGACGAAAUCUUUCUGCUGUGUGACAAAGUGCAAAAAGAGGACAUCGAGGUGCGUUUCUUCCAGGACUCUUGGGAGGGAAAGGGCACCUUCUCCCAGGCUGACGUCCACAGGCAGGUGGCCAUUGUGUUCCGCACACCUCCCUAUCGCGACUCUAAUCUCAACGAGCCCAUCAGAGUGAAGAUGCAGCUCCGCCGGCCCUCUGAUCGCGAGGUCAGCGAGCCAAUGGACUUCCAGUACCUGCCCUCUGACCCAGAUGAAUACAGACUGACUGAGAAGAGGAAGCGCACAGGAGACAUGUUCCAGAGCCUGAAGCUGGGACCCAUGUUGUCGAGUGUGUCCAUUCCACAAGACAGACGGCACAUAAGCACAGCACGGAGAACAGUCACAGCCAAGCCUCCGUCUAUGAACGCACAAGCUGCAGCUGUAGUGCCAUCUGGUGCCAGUGGAGGGAAAUCUCAGCCCUCCUACUUAUUCAAUCAGCCGGGUCAGCUCUUCUCAGUCCAGCCCAAGGUAGAGGCCUCCCCCUCCAUCUCAGCUGUGACUACAAGCCAAACAUGGAAGAUCAUGGAGAGCCUGAGCCUGGGCAACCAGCCCAAAGCCACACUAGUGGCCAACUUCUCAAUGAACCAGCCACCAUCUUCCUCCUCCUCCACGUCUACUACCUCCUCCGCUACCAACCCGGACUACUCAACCGUCAACCUGUCUGAUCUGCAUGAAUUCUUCCCCAACAUUUCCUCGGCCAUGGCCCAGGAGCCCUCCGCUUCUCUGGGUAGCACUGCGUCCUCGCAGGCCAGCAGCUCCUACACCCUCCAGAGCUCUCAUUUCCGUGUGGACGCCCCACUGGAUGAUGAUAUCCCAGAGUUCCCUAGCUUUUCUGAAGCUCAGGCCCAAGGCACCCUGGACAGCCUAAACAUGGAUGACUUUGUGGACCUUCUGAACCCCCGCCUCAUGGGUGAGGUUGGAAAUUGCACCGCGAUGUUGGCUCAGGCUUCAUGCCAACAGGCUCCUUCCAGCUCCUCCACUAUGGGCCAGAACACUUCUGACCCGGCCAGCAACCCAGGAAGCACUUGGAUGAAUUACCCCAACAGCAUCGUCACCUUGCUCCAGAACGAGGGCUCAAUUGUCUCAUCCAACAACAUCCACCAUCAAGUUCCUGUACUGGAUGAGUUGGAUGAGUUGAUGUCCGCUGACGAGGAUCGUCUUAUUUCCAUUCUCAACAGCGAAAGCCAUGUUGGGUUUGUGUCAGGACACCCCAGUUAAAGUUUGUCCACGUGAUUGUUUUUAACGGACACACUCACAUAGACCGUGUGCUGCCCAUUUAACCUUGAGAACUUGAGGUCCUUUGCUGUUACCAAACGCAUAAAGGAAACAAGGUGGAUAUGAAGGGCUGGAGCAGACAGAAUGUAGCAAACUGCUCACUGUGGAUGUGCUUGUUGAAAUACCAGUAAAGACUUUUUCAGGUAUUCAAUGAGCGUGUUUAGCCAGGCUUUAUAUAAUGAAAUAUUCAGAUUUCAUUGCCCUUAUCAAGCCUAUGUUUAGCAUCAUUCAUUAACUGUCUCUGCAUGUCUCCACAUGAUAGUGGAAGAUUUACCCACAGUAAAAUGUUGGUUUUAACAAGACAAUCAGAUGCUGCAGGCGUCUGUUUUAAUGUUUUCCUGUUUAGGAUAUUUUCUGUGAAACAUGUUAAGCAUGUUUUGGGUUUUAAAUUUCGCUGUACCUGUAACAACCCUGGUAGCUGUGGUCAGUGUUCAUGUGUUGAUCACUGUCUUAAAGUGAAAUGUGUUUGGUCUGCCUUUUUUUUAUUUUUUUAAAUACAGCAGCCGGUGUAUCCCAUUAAGACUUUAAUCAAGUUUAGAAUCAAGUCUAUGCAAAUGAUGUCGCUUUGUCUUUGAAUUAAGUAUCUCCAUGUAGUGCUUUUGUAACUUAACAGAAUGUUUUUUGAAGGUCAGCAGCAGCUGUAACACCACUGUCUCUAUACAGAUGCCUUUGUUCAGAGUUUUAAGAGUUAAAUGAAGGCGUAUAUAUGUAAGUAAUUAUCCAAAAAGCAACAUUGAGUACAUGCUUAUAGCACAGAAGCUUAAGAGGUUCAAGCUUCAGGCUCUGAUCUCACCCGCGGCUCGGCUUCCUCUGCUCUCUCAUCAGCUUCUCUAGUUAUUUUAUGAAUAUGACGAUUUCACAGCUACAGUUCAACUUGCUUUACUCAACAGUUUAAUUUGCUUUGUUGCGAAGGCAUUAGGCAGCUUUAUACUAGUAUGAUGUAAGCAGGAUUGAACUCUGUGCAGUUUUUUUGCUGUCAUAAAUGAAUUCUGUUCAAAUCUAAACACAUUGUACAUGACAAUAAAAACAACAGCAUAUGCA